AUGUUAUCACCAUCGAGUAAAUUUGUUAUGCAAUUAAAUAAAUAUGUUGGUGAAAAAGUUAUACCAAGAAAAACUUCUAUAUACAAAGCUGUGCGUGAUAUAUCAAAAGUUGUUACCGAAGUUCUAAGAGAAGUUGAAGUACAAGAGCCUAGAUUUAUAUCGUCAUUAAAUGAAGUUAAUGGACGAUUUGAAGGUUUAACCGUAGUUUCAGCAACAGAAUUUGAAGUUGUAUUGUAUCUGAAUCAAAUGGGUGUGUUUAAUUUCGUUGAUGAUGGAGGAACACCGGGUUGUGCAGUAUUAAAACUGUCUGAUGGUCGUAAACGUUCAAUGUCGUUGUGGGUUGAAUUUAUAACAGCGUCCGGCUAUUUAUCAGCAAGAAAAAUUCGUUCACGAUUUCAAGCAUUAGUAUCACAAGCAUGUGAAAAAUGUACAUGUAAAGAUUUUGUUAAAUUAUUACCUGAUUCAUCUGAAGUUAAAUUACGUAUACGUGAUAAAUAUAUUGUACACAUCGUUCCCGCAUUUCGCUGUCAAGGCAUUUGGCCACGUUCCGCCUCACAAUGGCCACUGUCACAUUAUCCAUGGCCAAAUCCACAACAAAUAAAUGAUGUUAAAAAUGAAGGUUUCAAUAUAUUAUCAAAAGAAUCGAUUUAUAUGAAAGAUAAACAAGCCAGUUCAGAAGGUGACUCAUGGGUAAUGUCGUUCUGUGAAGCUGAAGAUCGUCUAUUACAAGAUGGUUCAAGACGAAAAUGUUUAAGUCUCUUAAAAACUCUUAGAGAUCGACAUUUAGAUUUACCUGGUCAACCAGUCACAAAUUAUACAAUGAAAACAUUAAUGUUAUAUGAAUGUGAAAAACAUCCAAGAGAAUUAGAUUGGGAUGAGUUAUGUUUAGGUGAUAGGUUGAACGGAGUUCUAUUACAAUUGAUAUCAUGUUUACAAUGUCGAAAAUGUCCACAUUAUUUUAAUCCAAAUGUCGAUUUAUUUAAAGGUAAAUCGACACAAUGUUUGGAUAAUGCAGCAAAACAAUGUUGGAGAUUAACCAGAGAACUACUCAUCAAUAGUCGAAGUUUGGAAAAACUGUGA